CUAUUUUUUCUAAUAAAUAAUCGGAAUUUUGGCAGUUUGUUAUCACGUGACCGGUGGCUAGAGUUACAUAACAUGGGCCACAAUUUCGUCAAAAUCAUUAAAAUUAUCAACGGAAAGUGUAAAAAUUGUUAAAAACAAGUAUUUCGUAAUAUAUUAAGUCGUAAAUGACCCCCUGCGAAUCGCUGAUUAAGAAGGUCAGGUCAAUCCGUAGUCACUUCCGACCACCUGUCACCCUUUGAGGUUAUAUUGUCAUGUCGUGGAUUGUGAGCUCCUCCCUGACUUAUUUCCAGCGUUUUUGCGUGAAUGUGAUAAAAUGCGGUCCCAUUCCGCGGCACAUCGCCUUCAUAAUGGACGGCAACCGGCGCUACGCCACCAAAACCAAAGUCGAAAAGGCCGAAGGCCACAUCAAAGGUUUCGAUAAACUGGCGGAGACCCUGCAAUGGUGUCUCGAAUUGGGGGUCAAGGAAGUGACCGUCUACGCCUUCAGUAUCGAGAAUUUUAAGCGGAGUCGCGAGGAAGUCGAUACUUUGAUGAAACUAGCGACGGAAAAGUUCCGACAAUUGCUGGACGAAAAAGAGAAGAUUAUGAGCGAGGGGGUGUGCAUUCGGAUUAUUGGCAACUUGGGGCUGCUUUCCCCCGAGUUGCGGAAACUAGUAGCGGAAGCUGAGUUAAUGACGAAGGACAACAACAAGGCGUUUCUCAACGUGGCUUUUUCGUACACUUCUAGGGACGAAAUUUUUAAUACGGUGCAAAGUAUAGUCAAGGGGGUGCAAGACGAGGCGUUGGACGUGGAGGACAUUGACGAAGACUUGAUCUCGGGGGCCCUGUAUACGAGUUGUAGCCCUGACCCCGACCUGAUAGUGCGCACUUCAGGGGAAGUGCGAUUCAGUGAUUUCCUCUUGUGGCAAAUUUCAAACAGUUUUAUCAGUUUUACAAAAGUUUUGUGGCCGGAAUUUUGCAUUUGGCACUUGCUGGCGUGCAUUUUUUACUACCAAAGGUCUUACAACGACUUACAACAAAAAAAAGCCCGUGUGACAAGCGAGCGGGCCCAGAAGUUUUUACACCAAUUGCAACAGCAAAAAAUUACGCAACUGAAAAGUUACACAUGAAUAAAUUAUUUCGUUAUUA